UUCUCUCUUCAAAAAACCAAAAGAACUGUUGCAUAUGGAUUUGUGUUUGUUUUUAUUGGCUUUACCAUUUUUCUUGCUUUUGCUCCCUCUUCAAACUCUUCUUCUCCCUGGUUCACUAACAUUUUCACUUCCACUACCACUUCAAAAUCGUCAAUUUUAUCUGACGAUUCUUAUAGAUCUCACUUUUCUUCAAUUUUCUCUUAUUUUUUCCCAAAUUCCUCAACCCAGGUUCACAAUCCUGAAAACAGAUCUAAAAACACCAAUUUGCAACCUCCCAAUCUGAAUAGAGAGCCAGACGUCGUCAAAAACCAGACGCAAAAUCAAGAAACAAAUGACAAAGUUGAAGUUUUGGAGAAAAAUAAUACUACAGUUUUGCCCAAGGAGCCUCCUGCUAAACAGAUUGUUAAUACUACUUCACCGUCCAAGUCUUCUUCUGAACUGAAUAAAGGCUCUUCAAUUCUCAAAAAUCAGACUCAAAGUAAACAGUUAAAUGGCAAAACUGAAGAGUUGAAGGCGAAUCAGAGUUCAAUUGGGGUCGCAAAAUCUCCUGUGGCUGCGAAUCAGACCGCGAAUUCAUCGAAAUUUUUUGGUUCUGGAGUAAAAAAUGUUACUGGAAAUGGAGACACCAGAAUUAACGAGAAUGGGGUGGCCAAGAAUUUAACUUCUUCUACGAAGAAGAAGAAGAGUAAUGCUACCAAUUCGACUGUUUCGUCAAAACAAGGAAGUGAUGAUUUAAUCAAAUCAUUGAUGAAUUGUGAUAUGUUUGAUGGGCAUUGGUUGAGAGAUGAUUCUUAUCCACUGUACAAGCCUGGUUCUUGUUCAUUGAUUGAUGAGCAAUUCAACUGUAUUCAAAAUGGUAGGCCUGACAAUGGCUAUCACCAACUUAGAUGGAAGCCAAAGGGUUGCACCCUUCCAAGGUUGAAUGCACCUAAUAUGCUCGAAUUGUUAAGAGGGAAGCGAUUAGUAUUUGUUGGCGAUUCUCUCAAUAGGAACAUGUGGGAAUCUCUUGUUUGCAUUCUGAAGAACUCUUUAAAAGAUCAGAGUAAAGUUUACGAAGAAUUUGGCAGGCACCAUUUUCGAAAUGAAGCUUCUUAUUCCUUUAUAUUUGAAGAUUAUAAAUGCACAGUAGAGUUCUUUGUAUCUCCUUUCUUGGUUCAAGAAUGGGAAGUCACAGACAAAAAUAGGACGAGAAAGGAAACACUUCGACUGGAUAUAAUUGGAAGGUCUGCUGACAAAUAUAAAAAUGCGGACUUCAUAGUCUUCAACACUGGACAUUGGUGGACUCAUGAUAAAACUUCCAAAGGGAAGGACUAUUAUCAAGAAGGCAGCCAUGUGUACAAUGAGUUGAAUGUCCUUGAAGCAUUUAGGAAAGCCUUAACAACGUGGGGAAGAUGGGUAGAUGCCAAUGUAAAUCCCAUGAAGACACACGUUUUUUUCAGGGGUUAUUCAAAGUCUCAUUUCAGGUUCAUGUGAUGUCAAUGUUGAUGAGGAAUGAAGAACAUCACACAUAAGUAAAUCAAUAAUAUAGGUGUUUUGGUGAAAGUUGGAAAUAGGUACAUAUUCUGUUAUUCUGCAGUAAGGUAAUAGUUACAAAAUGGUAAAAUUUUUACUUGCUUUUAAGCUUAGCGAAACAUGCCCUAUUUUCUCCUUCAGCAUUGAAACUAACUUGAACAUCUGCUUUAUGCAUUCAUUGAUAGCCAUAUGUGUUUUUGUUUUACAUAGUCUUCACAU